GUCGCAUGUCACUCUGCGCUACAAUAGGGAAGUGAACAGCACUUCCUAUUUCCACAGCGUUACUGUUGUUCUCCGACCAAACCAGAUAUCGAAAGGAUGAAAAACGAUAGGAACGUGUUUGACGUGUGGUUUACAUAUGAACAUGAGCAGUAAAUGACUCGGAUUCGGAUCUAGUUCUCCGCGCACAAUGGGAGCGACGCGCUGAUUCAAACGGAGGGACUUUUGCGCUUCUGAAAGUUUUAUAUGUUGGUGGAUGAAGAAGAAUCAAGAUGAAGAAACAAUUUAACCGCAUGAAACAGCUCGCCAACCAAACUGUUGGAAGAGCAGAGAAGACAGAAGUACUGAGUGAUGACCUUCUUCAGAUUGAGCGGCGCCUGGAAACAAUGCGAUUGGUCUCUCACAAUGCACACAAAAGAAUGGUGACUUGUCUACAGGGCAGUCUGGGCACAGAUGUGGAAAAGAGACAUAAAAAGCUUCCUCUUACGGCCCUCUCACAGUCCAUGCUGGAAGGAGGAAGUCAGCUAGGAGACGAGUCUCUCAUAGGAAAAAUGAUGGAAGUUUGCGGAGAGGCUGAAAGCAAACUGGCCUAUGAGCAGAGCCAACAUGAGGUCCAGCUGGAGAGAGAUGUUCUAGACCCUCUCAAUCAGCUAGCAGAGGUGGACGUUCCUAAUCUCCUGAAGCAGAGAAAGAAUUUAGCCAAGCUUGUGUUGGAUUAUGAUUCUGCAAAAGCCAGGUAUUACCAGGCCGCAAAGGUGUUCCCUUCAGCCACAAACGCUCAAGCAAUGGCUGCCAAAGUUGACACACUUAAGGAAGAGAUGGAUGACGCCCAGAUCAAAAUGGAAAUAUGCAAGGAUCAAUUGGCAGCAGACAUGUACAACUUUUCCUCCAAGGAAGGAGAAUAUGCUCGCUAUUAUGUCUUGUUAUUAGAAGCACAAGCUGAAUACCAUAGAAGAGCUUUGGCUUCCAUCGAAAGCGUCCUACCCACCAUACAGUCCCAGCAAGAUAAAUGGACGGAGAAGCCAGCGUUUGGCACCUCUCUAGAGGAACAUCUGAAACGCACUAGCAGAGAGAUCGCUUUGCCCAUAGAGGCCUGUGUCAUGAUGCUUCUGGAGACCGGCAUGCAGGAAGAGGGUUUGUUCCGUAUCGCUGCUGGGGCCUCCAAACUCAAGAAGCUAAAGGCGGCACUGGACUGUUCCACCUCCCAGUUGGAGGAGUUUUAUUCUGACCCUCACGCUGUAGCUGGAGCCCUGAAAUCUUACCUGCGAGAGCUGCCUGAACCUCUGAUGAGCUACCAGCUGUAUGAAGAGUGGAUCCAGGCCUCAAAUAUUUCUGACCCCGAUAAAAAACUUCAGGCUCUGUGGGUUGUAUGUGACAUGUUACCAAAGGCCAACAAGACCAAUUUUAGGUACUUAGUGAAGUUUCUUGCCAAGCUUGCUCAGGAAAGUGACAUCAAUAAGAUGACAGCGAGUAACAUUGCCAUCGUACUGGGACCCAAUUUACUGUGGGCCAAGACAGAGGGGUCCCUUGCUGAGAUGGCAGCUACUACCUCUGUCCAUGUAGUGUCUAUAAUUGAACUAAUAAUCCAACAUGCAAGCUGGUUCUUCCCGGAAGACGUGGACUUCAAUGUUUCAGGAAUGUUUGCCUUGCCUGGGUGUCCGGGUACCCCUGAUUCUGAAGCAGGAUCUAUAGACAGAAGGCGCCCAGGCAGCCAGGGGUCACUAGAUUCUGACAUCUCCCGCAAAGACAGCCCUGCUAACAAACACCCGGAACACGCCAUUCGUAGAGCUGGCACAAUAAAUAAAAAGCAACACUCCAUUCCUAACUUCCAGCCCCCUCUCCCUCCCAUUGAUGCUGGGGUGGCUCCCGUGUUUGAGCCCUCCCCUCAGUCACCCACCGGUGGGGGUAUGGAGGCUGGACAGGGGGGAAUUGUGGUGAAUCAGACCCAGCAGCCUUUAGCUCAGCUGAACCCUGCUACGGAGAACAGUAAAACUGUCCGAGAACCUGCGUCCACACCACCUUCCUUAAGGAAUGGGCCAGGAGGCUCCAGUGGAACACCAAGCCAGUUGAACGUGGGGACCCCUACCUCAGGUUCCAAGGGCCCUAGCCCCUUCAUGGUGCGCAGAGGUACAAAGAAACAAGCACCUGCACCUCCCAAACAUGCUGUGCCUGGUACACCUCAGAACGUUAAGUCAGCUGAUAAUCCGCCCACUCCGUACCAGUCCUCAGCCAUGAACGUAAGCACCCCUCAGCCUGUCAUCGCGCCUCGUCGCAGCAACCAGACACCCAUCCAGGCUCCCAGCCACCCUCCACCACAACCUCCUUCCCAGAGCACAGAGGAACCAGACCUGUCCCCUCCCAGAACCCCCACCCCACCAGAUACACCACCUCACGACGGCUCCUACCCGACUGGAUCCCUUCAACGGCCCAGACCAACCCCUCGACCGCGACCCAAACCCACUGUCCCGCCUCCCCCCCAGCCAACUAGUGAAGGUGCCAAUGGUGUUUGUAUUUCUGGAUCCAAGAUUGUCUCGGAUGUGUGAUCUACUGCUUCUGAGGUGUGAUUUGAUUGACAGGUAUGGUAAGAACAUUGCUCAAUGUUUGUGUGUCUGAAUGCUUUUUGCGUAGUAACCCUUAUAGUACCUGUUUAACCCAAUUAACAGCAAACUAACCUGCAUGACAACCUGCCUAACCAGUGUCUUUGUGGCUUGACUUAGAAUAAUACAUUAGCACAUGCUUUAUGCAACUACACUUAUAACUUCCAAGUCCCACAAACCUCCAUUCUUCUGCUCACAGACAUUUGAUAUGGGUGAAUGUUUGCUAAACACCAGAUACUGUUGUAAUGUUACAAUGUAUUGCUGUAUUGAAUAGUGAAGUGAAUCCCACGAAACCUGACGAGAACAUGUCCUGGUUAUAUUUCACCCAAAACUCAAAAGAGAAAAAGUAGGAAAUUGUAUUUUGCACAUAUUCCCCCGAAAUCCCAAAUUUUGUGAGUUAAAAAUUGUAUUUGUUGUACUCCCUUUAAUUCAUGCUGAUUUAAAUGUGAAAAAAACAACAAAAAAUGAUCCUAUUAUUCUCAAUCACCAUUGAGAAUAAUAGGAUUCACAAAAAGUAUAAAAAACUAAAACAUAUGGAUGCAUUAAGGUAAUGAGAAUUGGUGGUGGAAAUGUGCUUAUUUGAUGAUUAUUUAAAUGAAAAACUAUAUUACAGUAUUUUAAUUUACUGGAAUUAUCAUUGAGAAUAAUUAGAAAUACAAAAAAAUUAAUUCAUUAAAUAAAAAACUAAAGUUUGGAUGUAAUGAGAAUUUUGGGGAGAAAUGUGCUUGGUUGUCAUGAAAAUAAUGUCACAAUGCAGAAUAUGCAUUAUGGUCCUAAAAAAGACUUUAUGUCUUUCUUUUGAUUGCAAAGUGAAAUAUUUUUUCAUGAGAUUCACACUUUUUCACUUUUUCCAUACUUGCACUGAAAACCCUAAUAAGUUGACUUUGCUCAAUUGAUUGAGAACUCAUUCCCUCAGUUGAAUUGAGUGAUGGCAUCUCUAAAACUUAACUUCACUUAACUUGGUGAUCCUAUAGAAUUAACUUAACUAUUUAAGGUAAGACUUAACUCAGAUUUGCUUUUUAAAUAUUGUUGUUUCUACUUAUUAAUUUUAGUUGAAUUCACUCAAUUAGAUCAUAAAACAGCUCAAAUAAAGAAGAUAACCAAUUCUAGAUCAGUCGUUAAAUAAACUUGAUUCUUAGCUGAAAUUUACAGUGUGCAGUUUUAUCACAUAUUGAUAUUAUAAUAGUAUAACAUAAGCACUGAAAUGAAUAAUAGUGCUGAAAAGGCACAGUCAAAACUGAAAACACCCUUUCUAUAUGCAUGGAACUAAUAUCAAAGUGUUUCUUGUAAAAUUAUCCAUCCAAAUAUUGACAUAUUUUCCUAGAAGGGGAGGUUUUACAUUUCAAGCUUUGGUGGAAAAAAAUAGCUGAUUUUUGUAUUAUUAUUAUUUAUUUCAUGAAUAUGCAUUAUGAUUGCACAGAUGAAGAAGUUGCUCUUAUGGAACCAGGGCUGGACCUUGUCCCUGAACUAGAAGAAGAUCAAGCAGGAGAAACAUCCCCAGAAGCUGAACACCAAUCAGAAAGCACCGCCCUGUGAGGGAGGAGGAGCCUAAUAUUCACACUGCUAAUCAAGGUCUACGUUCGGAAUGGAAUAUAAGCUUACUGCAUACUCUGUACUGUGUACUGCCAACCAUUUUUAAAAUAGUAUAUGAAACAGUAUGCAAUAUGCAUUGAUAAAUGUUUUAUGAUACAUUGUCACAUGACCUCAACACACUGCAUGUUUAAUACAGCAAAUAGCAUCUAGUUCUAAUCUUGGAAACAAAUAUGAAUAUUUUGCACUCAUGUUUAUGUAAAAAUAAAUAAAUCUAAUUUAAACGCAUACGGUGCAUAGUCUACAUACUGUAUACUGCAGAAAUAAGAGUAGUAUGGUAGUAUGCUAUUCCGAACAUAGUCCUUUUCUUUAACCUUAGCUUUUAUCCUUGCUAAAACCCUGUUGAAAACCUGUUGAAAAUGAUAAAUCUACAUAAACAAGAAAUAAACAAAGCGCACCACUUUUACUUCACCACUGAAGCUUUUUUUUUAAAGAAGAGAUCCUUCUUCCUCACAAUGCUGGCACAUUGUAACCAUAUAUGAGGAAAAAAUCAGAAAGCACAUAUUAACAUGCUAUACAAUAUUAUUUUCUUUCACACAUACAGUAGCAUACAGCUGUCACUGGUUUGGGUUUUAAAUGCAAAUAUGAAUGUCUUUGAGUUUUGUAAUUUAGUUUGCUACUCAAGCAGACGUGUUAUUUGUGCCUUGAAAAUGUACCAAACCGGCAAAAAAAAAAAAAAAAAAAAAAAAUGUGUUUGUUACGACUAUUACGGUGAAUGUUGCUUAUUCAUAUUUAAUUGCAAUGAUUCAUCUUUUCUUUUAAUACUUUUUGUUCCUAUAUAAAAUGUUUGGCAGGAUGUUUGUAGACCAAAAAUUAGACAAAAGUACAAAAUAA